CAAAGUCAGUUAAUUAUCAAUUAUCAUCAAAAGUGGGGCGGACAAAGAGGAAGUUUUUCUAUUUUAUUCUACAAAAAAUCACACGUCUUAUCGAGGUCAAGGUAUAUUCUUUAUUCUACGUAGUACCAGGUGUUGUGUUCAUAUAAGCAAAGUGCACCAUGUCAGGACAUAAGUACAUUAGCAACCCGAGCAACUUAUUCGAGGAUGACGAUGUCGACGACGAUACUUUCGUCAAUAGUUACAGAUCGAGAAUUCCUCCACCACAGCCCAGACCCAGCGCCCCAGCCUAUGGCGGACACAUAGGGGAACUAGAAAGACAAAAACAACAGAUGCUGCAAAGACAACGCGAAAUAGAACAACGAACUUUGGAUUCAUCCGCAAGAAGUGUCGGUUUGCUACGCGAGUCUGAGCAGAUCGGAAUUGCCACGGCCGAGGAACUCUCACGUCAGCGAGAACAGUUAGAAAACACAAACAAAAGACUUGAUGAAAUAAACACAAAUCUCAAUUACAGUCAAAAACAUCUAAAUGGGAUAAAGUCUGUGUUUUAUGGACUGAAAAAUUACAUUUCGGGAAAAUCAGACCAAACGCCGCCUUCUCGCAGCCAGGCGUCGCCUGACACGCGCAGCACGUCGGGGGGCCCAAGUGGUAGCAGGUUGCAGGACAGUAUAGACAACUACUCCCGUGGCAUCACCAGCGAUGAUCGUUUUAAUGCCCAUCCUUCAGCCCGUCUGCGCGGCAUUGACGAGCAGUCCAUGGCAGAGCCUGUCUCGGACAGCCAGCGCAUCAAUAAACUGUUAGAUGACAACCUGGAUGAGAUGGUGCAGGCUAUACACAGACUGAAAGAUCUUGGAUGUGAGCUUGGCAAAGAAAUUGAUACACAGAAUGAGCUUAUAGACACAAUACAGGACAAGGCAGAGGGGGCAGAUCUCAAAAUUGGCAAACAGAACAAGCAGAUGAAUAAGCUUCUGGGCAAAUAGUCUCAUAUUUAUUGGCAUUUCAAGUGUGCAAAGAUUAUUCUACUGGUGAAAAUGAAUUUAAAUAAACUAGUUGUGUACAGUGCAUUGUUAUGGUUAUGAUAAUAAUUAUAUUGUUCUAAGAACAUUCCUGUAAGCAAUAACCAGAAGGAUUUAGUAAAAAGGAUACCUAUUAGUGAAAUUUUAUUUUUAAUACAUUUAUUAUUUUGUAGCUUCAUUAUUUUAGAGAUAUGAUUAAAAUUAUAUUUUCAGUAUUUGUAAAGCUUCCCAAAUGUGGUGGUCCUAGCAUGUAGAUGUAAUUAGAAAUGUUUUUCUUUUUUACCAACAAAGAGAUGAAAUCAUGUUUUUUUUGUAAACAGAUAAUUUUCUGAGAUUGUUGUUUUAAUACAAAUACUUUUGUUAUUAAUCAGAGCUGCAUUCUCUGAUGUCAUGUAAAUACCAUGUUUGCGUAUUCUGUGAACAAUCUGAUUACUCAUAAACAAUGUUGGCACACUAUUGUUAUCAGUGAAAAAAUAUAAUUAUUAUAAGUACAUUCAACAAAUGUGCCCCACUGUAAUUAAUUCCUUUUGUAUAUUAAUAAACAUUUUAAAAUGAC